CCUUGUAAUGUGCUCAUAAUUAACUUGGAAUCUUUUUGCCAGGAAUCAAGAGCAUUAAGCUUAGAACACGAUGUAGAGUAGACCACAGCCAGUUUGGCACAUAGUACACGAGGAGUACGCAAACACUCGCCCUGUCACGGCGCUCUUGAUUUAAGUGUUGUAAGGGGCCCUUCUCUGCUGUUUUAGGAUACAAGCGACAUCUAUUUAUCAAACUUCCGCUUGCGUUGAGACGUGGAGGUGGAAAAGAGAUUACGGAUCAUUGGGUGUCUGCAUCGAUGUUUAACCAAGCGUUGGAAUGGCAGCUGGGAAGUGACAAACACCUCGACUGACCUCGAUCACUCCACUCGCCUGCCCACUGGCCCGCUGCAACGCCACCACGUUGGAUACGGUGUGGACGUCAGGUGUGCUGGGACCACUGUCACAUGGGCGCCGGAAGUUGUGUAUACUAGUUGCUAACAAGGCUGGCCCUGUGAACCGUGGACAAGUGACUUCCACAUCGUGAUGCAUCAGCAACAGUAGGUCCUGAGGAGGUCUGUGUUGUGCUUGAGGAAUUCAUGUGUGUACGUGGAUGAAUCUACAUUUCACCAUACUGAUGAUAUUGACGAAGUAGGCAAAUACCAGCUACUGUACUCACAUAAGGAGGCUAGGGUACAUGGUGCUCAGCAUCAACUGGAUGAACCUAGGAGAACAGUGACAGAUCUACCCUGGAUCUAUGAUGUCUUGGAGUCUAGUCUAGCAGUGCUUAACUCGUGUCAAGUCUAGCAGUGCGUAGCUCAUGUCAAGCCUAGCAGUGUGUAGCUCGUGUCAAGUCUAGCAGUGCUUAACUCGUGUCAAGCCUAGCAGUGCAUAGCUCAUGUCAAGCCUAGCAGUGCGUAGCUCGUGUCAAGCCUAGCAGUUCGUAGCUCGUGUCAAGCCUAGCAGUGCGUAGCUCGUGUCAAGCCUAGCAAUGCGUAGCUCGUGUCAAGCCUAGCAGUGCGUAGCUUGUGUCAAUAUGGCAAGUCGCCGCCUCAAGUUCCAGUACUGCAAGGUGAUCAUUGCCACAUCCAUGGUGUGGGUCAUGCUGGACGUGUUCCUGCUCAUGUACUUCACUGACUGCACCACCAUGUCCUCCGCCAACUGCAACAACAACAACAACGUCCGCAUUGACCACCAUGAUGGCCCCAAGCAACAGAAGCAGGAGGGCUUCCUCAACAGAAUACUGCCAAAAGGUCUGCUGCCCAACCGGUCUCCGACCGGCCCUGGUGAGAUGGGGAAGGCAGUUGUUGUCCCGAAGACUCUGGAGGCUGAAGCCAAGGACAAGUUCAAGAUCAACCAGUUUAACCUUGUUGCCAGCGACAUGAUGUCCCUCAACCGAUCAUUACCAGACUACAGAAUGGAUGCAUGUAAAAAGAAGCAGUACCCACCCCUGGAAGAUCUACCCACCACCAGCGUGGUCAUCGUCUUCCACAACGAGGCCUGGUCAACCCUUCUCCGGACGGUCCACAGCAUCAUCAACCGGUCGCCAAGGCAACUGCUCCAGGAGAUCAUCUUAGUGGAUGAUGCGAGCGAGAAAGACCACUUGGGAAAAGAUCUGGAUGAUUAUGCAAAAACCUUGAGUGUAAAAGUGAAAGUCCUAAGGUCAUUUGAAAGAACUGGUUUGAUAAGGGCCCGGUUGAAAGGAGCGAAGGAGGCUCGCGGAGACGUCAUCACGUUCCUGGAUGCUCACUGCGAGUGUACGGAGGGGUGGCUGGAGCCCUUGCUGUAUGAGAUCCACAAGAACAGGAAGUCUGUCGUGUGUCCAAUCAUUGAUGUUAUCAGUGACGACACGUUCGAGUACAUCACCGGGUCGGACAUGACGUGGGGAGGCUUCAACUGGAAACUCAACUUCCGCUGGUACCCUGUGCCCCAGAGAGAGCUGGAGAGACGGGGUGGUGACCGUAGUCAGCCUACAAGGACACCCACAAUGGCUGGCGGUCUGUUCUCCAUCCACCGAGACUACUUUUAUGAAACUGGGUCAUAUGACGAGGGGAUGGACAUCUGGGGUGGCGAGAACCUCGAAAUGAGUUUUAGGGUAUGGAUGUGUGGGGGACAGAUCUUCAUCGUGACUUGUUCCCGCGUGGGUCAUGUGUUCCGGAAAACGUCCCCCUACUCCUGGCCGGGCGGAGUUGCCAGGAUCAUCAACCACAACACCCAGCGCAUCGUGGAGGUCUGGAUGGACGAGUAUAAAGAGUUCUUCUAUAAGAUAAAUCCAGGUGUGAAGAGCACGGACUAUGGGGACAUCUCCGAGCGACAGGAACUGAGGAAGAGGAUGAAGUGUCACAGUUUCCGCUGGUACCUGGAAAACAUCUACCCAGAGUCCCAGAUGCCCAUUGAUUUCUACUCCCUUGGUGAGAUUCGAAACAAGGAAACCAGCUCAUGUAUUGACACAAUGGGCCGGAAGAGUGGCGAGAAGGUUGGCAUGGUGACAUGUCAUGGCAUGGGAGGCAAUCAGGUGUUUUCUUAUACCAAAAAGAAAGCUCUCCAGACGGAUGACCUGUGUUUGGAUGUCUCCUCGGUGACCGGCCCUGUCAAACUAUUUCAGUGCCACGGGCUGGGGGGCAACCAAAAGUGGGAAUAUGAUUUAGAGACACUGACGCUGAGACACGUCAACACUGGGCUGUGUCUAGGAAAACCAGCAGUCCAUGACUCAGGGACACCAUCACUGGGAGAGUGUACUGGCCUGCCCUCACAACAAUGGCAGCUGAGUGACAUGAAAUGGAAGAACUAGUGCAUUGUGGGAUACACAUACGACAGUUGGCUGACUGUCGGGAUGUUUGUCAGAUCUCAGGAGUUUCUGUUGUAACAUAUAGAGAUAUAUAUAUAUCACUCUGCCAUCCAGGGAGAUACAGUCCUACAGCCAGCCUCUUCUGGGCGUGUGUGUGAAAGUGUGUGACCCAGCUGAAGGUCGACCAGCGGUUUGACUUCAAACAGAGCAAGGAAUCUGUUUCCCUGUCCUUGAUGUGACCUACAGAUAAGGUCAGAGCAGCUAUAGGGACCACUAGCACCUCUCUGUUUAUAAUGUGACUGUAGCCAACAAAGGACCUGAAUACCUCGCGACUGUGCUGCUCAUAGACUUGGUAGAUGCAGACUGAGGCCACCAUUUGCUUCAAGGGGAGCUGGACAGUGCUGGAAGCGAACUCUCAUACGUUUUCUACAUGGAGGACUGCGGACAUGUUGACAUUUGUUUCUGUCAUCAUGAUUUCAUUACAGCUAUAAACGUUGGGGACGUAUUGCCAUAUUAACUUGGGACAUAUUGCCAUGGAAACUGGGGACAUAUUGCCAUGGCAACAUCGGGACGUAUUGCCAUGGACGCUGGGGACAUAUUGCCAUGGUAGCAUAGAGACAUAUUGCCGUGGACAUUAGCGCCUAUUGCCAUGGGCACUUUGGACAUAUUGCCAUGGACGCUGGGGACAUGUUGCCAUGGUAACAUUGAGACAUAUUGCCAUGGACAUUAGCGCCUAUUGCCAUGGGCACUGGAGACAUAUUGCCAUGGACGCUGGGGACAUGUUGCCAUGGUAACAUUGAGACAUAUUGCCAUGGACAUUAGCGCCUAUUGCCAUGGGCACUGGAGACAUAUUGCCAUGGACGCUGGGGAGAUUGAGUCAGAGAGAUGUUAAUGAGUGAUGAUGCAUAUACAGAAGAAAUCUCUACCCUAUUUUAUAUCCUCUUUGUAUAUUUGGAUUUUAUUGUAUAAUCUGAUAACUGGAUGAAAUUGUAUAAUCAUCUCAUCCCAUUGUAUGAAUAUUUCUUUGUUGUUUAUCAGAUGUUUAUGAUUGUGUGAGAGAUGCUGAGAAUAAUUCUUGACCUUAUGAAGAUGUUACUUCUUUUAGCUUUAGGUGGUUGUGUAAUAUGUUUCAUUUUAGCAGCUGCCACAUGGGCUUCACCCUGCCAUCUUCCAUGUGGCUUAACCGAUCAGCUGCCACAUGGACUUCACCCUGCCAUCUUCCAUGUGGCUUAACCGAUCAGCUGCCACAUGGGCUUCACCCUGCCAUCUUCCAUGUGGCUUAACCGAUCAGCUGCCACAUGGGCUUCACCCUGCCAUCUUCCAUGUGGCUUAACCGAUCAGCUGCCACAUGGGCUUCACCCUGCCAUCUUCCAUGUGGCUUAACCGAUGUAUGGCUUUUAGACUGACACAUGGACAACAGCAGUGUACCCUGACUGCUGUCACAGUGCUGAACAUUUGCGUGUACCCAUGAGCCAGACACCAUGAAAGCUGUCACAGUGCUGAACAUAUGUGUGUACCCAAGGAACCAGACACCAUGACAGCUGUCACAGUGCUGAACAUAUGCAUGUACCCAUGAGCCAGACACCAUGACAGCUGUCACAGUGCUGAACAUAUGCAUGUACCCAUGAGCCAGACACUAUGAUAGCUGUGACAUUGCCAAACAUAUGCAUGCAUAUUCUGGGUUAGGAUGCAUAGACAGAAGACAGCCGGGGAGAUAUCCUGUUAGGAUGCGUAGACAUAAGGCAGCCAGGGGAGAUAUGCUGUAAGGAUGCGUAGACAGAAGGCAGCAGGGGAGAUAUGCUGUAAGGAUGCGUAGACAGAAGGCAGCUGGGGAGAAAUGCUGUUAGGAUGCGUAGACAGGAGGCAGGAGGUGAGAUAUCCUGUUAGGAUGCGUAGACAGAAGGCAGCCAGGGAGAUAUGCUGUAAGGAUGCAUAGACAGAAGGCAGCAGGGGAGAUAUGCUGUAAGGAUGCGUAGACAGAAGGCAGCUGGGGAGAAAUGCUGUAAGGAUGCGUAGACAGGAGGCAGGAGGUGAGAUAUCCUGUUAGGAUGCGUAGGCAGGAGGUGAGAUAUCCUGUUAGGAUGCGUAGACAGAAGGCAGCCAGGGAGAUAUGCUGAGGCAGCUGUGGUUGUGCCAGCAGUCCUAUGAUGUGUUAUUGGGUGGGCUUCCUUGGUUUCUCUGUUGUCAACCGUCUCAGGCUUCACUAUCCUGGUUGUCAUUACAUGGAUUGUAAUACAGGGUAAACAUUCUUGUCAUUAUUUAUCACAGAUUUGCUUUAUUUCACAUGUAAGGGUGGAGCAUGGAUCACCUCUGCAGGGUGUCUCACUAGCUGCUGAUCAAGACAUGUGGAUGUCUAAUCUGGUUCUUAGGUCGACCUGCUAGCGCUCACUAUUUGGUUGAGGUCAUCUUCCAUGCACCAGCUGUCUGGUGAAGGUCGACUUACAUGCAAUCGGUGUCUCAUGCAUGCACUCACUGUCUGAUGGAGGUCGACCUGCAUACACUCACUUUCUGAUGGAGGUCGACCUGCAUACACUCACUGUCUGAUGGAGGUCGACCUGCAUACACUCACUGUCUGGUCAACCUACAUACACUCACUGUCUGAUGGAGGUCGACCUGCAUGCACUCACUGUCUGUUGGAGGUUGACAUGCAUUCACUCACUGUCCGGUGAAGGUCGACCUGCAUGCACUUGGUGUCUAGUGGAGGUCGACCUGCAUGCACUUGGUGUCUAGUGGAGGUCGACCUGCAUGCACUUGGUGUCUAGUGGAGGUCGACCUGCAUGCACUUGGUGUCAAGUGGAGGUUGACCUGCAUGCAAUCGGUGUCUAGUGGAGGUCGACCUGCAUGCACUUGGUGUCUAGUGGAGGUCGACCUGCAUGCAUUCGGUGUCUAGUGGAGGUCGACCUGCAUGCACUUGGUGUCUAGUGGAGGUCGACCUGCAUGCAAUCGGUGUCUAGUGGAGGUCGACCUGCAUGCACUCGGUGUCUAGUGGAGGUCGACCUGCAUGCACUCGGUGUCUAGUGGAGGUUGACCUGCAUGCACCAAAUGUCUGUGGAGGUCGACUGUGGUCAGUUUGUGGAACAUGGUGGAGGUGGGUCGAUGUUCCUACGGAGGUCGCCCUGUACAAGGACCUGGGUGGGUGACCUGCAGUUGCUGCUGUGACAGCCAGGGGUAGGAUACUGCUUAGCAACUGUUGCUAUGUAUAAUUAUUUAUUCUAUUGACAAGUAGGUACAGUUUUAUAUGGAGAUAGGAUAUGGUUUUCUAUAAAAUUGAUAAUGUAUAGGAUAUAUGUUUUGCUUGUGUUUCAUAUGUUUAACUCAUGUUGGUAUUUAUACGUGUGUUGAUUGUUCACUGAUUUUAUGACAGACACAUAUGUACAAAGACAACAUUGUAUACAAACAUGACAUUUAUAGAAAACUGUACAUAUGACAUGUUGCUUGUACACACAUGUUGUUAUUAAGCUUUGUGAAUAUGAGUAGAGAUCAUGUUUCUGACAUCACUUCAUGUGGCUGUCCCAGACUGGGUUCUGCAGUUCACGUCAUGCUGCAGGACAGAUGCUGAUGCUGCCGUUUCUACCAUUAUCCGACAUCCUGAUGCUUCUAAUGUUGCUUGUUAAGGACUUGAUUUCUUGCUGUGUCUGCUCUUGAGUUGUCGGUUUGUUGUUUUACGCCUCACUCAGCAAUAUUCCAGCUAUAUGACGGCGGUCUGUAAAUAAUACAAUCUGGACCAGACAAUCCAGUGAUUGAUAUCAUGUGCAUCGAUCCACGCAAUUGGGAUACGAUGACAUGCAUCAACCAAGUCAGCAAGCCUGACCACCCGAUUCAGUUAGUCGCCUCUUACGACAAGCAUAGUCCCCUUUUAUGGCAAGCAUUGGUUGCUGAAGACCUAUUCUAACUUGUAUCUUCACGGGUCUGCUUGUUAACAAGUAAAAAAGACUUGAUUUCUUGCCGUCUCUGCUCUUGAAAAAGUCAAGCACUAAGUAUGCCUUUGAGGUUAUGAAAGAGAUGAACGUUUUAGUGGUUUGUGAAGUUUUAGAAUUUUUAGAAUUUUUUCACUACUGUCAGCUUAUUUAUGUAGUCAAAUGUUGAGUGAGACUGACAGGUUGAAGAAACAUGCUGAUUGAAGCUUUGUUUUUGUUGGAUGAUGCAUUGAAAGUGAUUGAUUUAUUGUUUUGUAGUAGCAAAAUCAAAUGGUUAUUCCUCCAAACAUAAUCUGGUAGUGAGAUGAAGUAUUCUUGGUUCACAGGCAUGUCCCCAGUUUAAAAAACUAAAUAUAUGCUUGUAUUACUAAAACAAUUUUUGAAAAGGUGACACUUCCUUAUUUUUCUAAAGACAGCCUGUAAUCCAACUGGGCUUCUUUUCUUAAUAAACCUGAUCACUUGUCACAAGAUUAUUGUAGGUCUUUGUGUGUGUCUUUGGAUUUCUAUAAAAUCUUGUUAGCUCUAUGAUUUGUGUGUACAUUCUGGAGUAUCAUCACUGUUUGUGAUUCCAGAGGUACCGUCACUAUGGUAAGAGUCGCCUCUAUGAUUUGUGUGGACAUUCUGGAGUAUCAUCACUGUUUGUGAUUCCAGAGGUACCGUCACUAUGGUAAGAGUCGCCUCUAUGAUUUGUGUGGACAUUCUGGAGUAUCAUCACUGUUUGUGAUUCCAGAGGUACCGUCACUAUGGUAAGAGUCGCCUCUAUGAUUUGUGUGGACAUUCUGGAGUAUCAUCACUGUUUGUGAUUCCAGAGGUACCGUCACUAUGGUAAGAGUCGCCUCUAUGAUUUGUGUGGACAUUCUGGAGUAUCAUCACUGUUUGUGAUUCCAGAGGUACCGUCACUAUGGUAAGAGUCGCCUCUAUGAUUUGUGUGGACAUUCUGGAGUAUCAUCACUGUUUGUGAUUCCAGAGGUACCGUCACUAUGGUAAGAGUCGCCUCUAUGAUUUGUGUGGACAUUCUGGAGUAUCAUCACUGUUUGUGAUUCCAGAGGUACCGUCACUAUGGUAAGAGUCGCCUCUAUGAUUUGUGUGGACAUUCUGGAGUAUCAUCACUGUUUGUGAUUCCAGAGGUACCGUCACUAUGGUCAGAGUCGCCUCUAUGAUUUGUGUGGACAUUCUGGAGUAUCAUCACUGUUUGUGAUUCCAGAGGUACCGUCACUAUGGUAAGAGUCGCCUCUAUGAUUUGUGUGGACAUUCUGGAGUAUCAUCACUGUUUGUGAUUCCAGAGGUACCGUCACUAUGGUCAGAGUCGCCUCUAUGAUUUGUGUGGACAUUCUGAAGUAUCAUCACUGUUUGUGAUUCCAGAGGUACCGUCACUAUGGUAAGAGUCGCCUCUAUGAUUUGUGUGGACAUUCUGGAGUAUCAUCACUGUUUGUGAUUCCAGAGGUACCGUCACUAUGGUCAGAGUCGCCUCUAUGAUUUGUGUGGACAUUCUGGCAGUGUCAUCACUGUGAUUCCAGAGGUACCGUCACUAUGGUCAGAGUCGCCUCUAUGAUUUGUGUGGACAUUCUGGAGUAUCAUCACUGUUUGUGAUUCCAGAGGUACCGUCACUAUGGUAAGAGUCGCCUCUAUGAUUUGUGUGGACAUUCUGGAGUAUCAUCACUGUUUGUGAUUCCAGAGGUACCGUCACUAUGGUCAGAGUCGCCUCUAUGAUUUGUGUGGACAUUCUGGAGUAUCAUCACUGUUUGUGAUUCCAGAGGUACCGUCACUAUGGUAAGAGUCGCCUCUAUGAUUUGUGUGGACAUUCUGGAGUAUCAUCACUGUUUGUGAUUCCAGAGGUACCGUCACUAUGGUCAGAGUCACCUCUAUGAUUUGUGUGGACAUUCUGGCAGUGUCAUCACUGUGAUUCCAGAGGUACCGUCACUAUGGUCAGAGUCGCCUCUAUGAUUUGUGUGGACAUUCUGGCAGUGUCAUCACUGUGAUUCCAGAGGUACCGUCACUAUGGUCAGAGUCGCCUCUAUGAUUUGUGUGGACAUUCUGGCAGUGUCAUCACUGUGAUUCCAGAGGUACCGUCACUAUGGUAAGAGUCGCCUCUAUGAUUUGUGUG